AUGGCUGAGAAGUUGCUUCUGCUUCUUUUACUUACUAUAUCGAGUCUACAUGCAAAUUCUGGCUCUAUUGUCAAGUUUCUUCCUGGUUUUGAAGGUCCUCUCCCCUUCGAGCUUGAAACCGGGUAUAUCGGUGUUGGUGAAGAAGAGGAAGUGCAAUUGUUUUACUACUUCAUCAAAUCUGAAAAGAAUCCAAAAGAAGAUCCUCUUCUUCUCUGGUUAUCCGGAGGACCUGGCUGCUCAUCUCUCACUGGUCUUCUUAUUGAAAAUGGGCCUCUGAAAUUCAAAGUCGUGGAUGACUACAAUGGAAAUAGCCCAACUUUGAUUUCUACUACAUAUUCAUGGACGAAGGUGGCGAACAUAAUAUACUUGGACCAGCCUGUUGGGACUGGUUUCUCCUACGCAAGAACUCAAUUUCUUGAUACACCUAGUGACUCUGGAGAAGCUAAGCGGGUCCAUGAAUUUAUUCGCAAGUGGUUUAGCAAGCAUAGAGACUUUAUUACGAAUCCUUUCUAUGUCGCUGGAGAUUCGUAUGCUGGUAAGGUUAUUCCGGCCACCGUUCAAGAAAUCUCCCAAGGAAAUGAUCUUGGCUUGAAACCUAAACUAAAUAUUGAGGGUUAUGUGUUGGGAAAUCCGGUAACAGACAUCGACUUCGAGUAUAACCAGCGGAUUCCAUAUGCUCAUGGAAUGGGAUUGCUCUCUGAUGAACUCUACGAGUCGUUAGAGAAAAGUUGCAGAGGAAAUUAUGGGAAUAUAGAUCCACAUAACACAGAAUGCUUGGAACAUUUUGAAGAAUAUACAAAGUGUACUUCUAGAGUAAAUUUUGCUCUCAUUACAACACCACUGUGUGGAAUCGUGUCAGCUCCAAGAAGAUACAUCGAAGAACUCCUCCUUGCAAACCUUUCGAUUACAUCUACUGAUGAUUGCUAUGACAUUAAAAGCAGCGUACCAUACCAUAUGAAUAAUAGCAUCAAAGGCUACCGUUCUCUAAUCUACAGCGGUGACCACGACCUGAUGGUGCCUUUCAUAUCAACAGAAGCAUGGAUCAGAUCUCUCAAUUAUUCAAUUACUGAUAAGUGGAGGCCAUGGAUGAUACGUCAUCAAGUUGCUGGUUACACUCAGACUUAUGCAAAUAACAUGACAUUUGCUACUGUCAAAGGAGGUGGGCAUACAACAGAAUAUAAACUACAGGAAAGCUUCAUCAUGUUUCAGAGGUGGAUCAGUGGCCAACUUCUAUAA